GGAACUGUACCGCCGGGUUAUGUUGCCUCGAGUCCCCGCAAACAGGAGAUUAUGGAUUGAGGAGAAUCCCAUCCAUGUAGGAAAACGACACUGAGGAAGAAAGACAAUCAACAGAACCAAGCGGCGUUUAUCCAGCCACUCCAAGCAUCCUACUACCAGGAGUCAUCAUGGCGUCAACCGGGCAUAACAAAGUACACGCAGACUAUGACCUCUCGACACCCAUCGACCCCAAUGGCGUCGGUUUACAACAGCGACUACCCUCAUACGGCGAUGCGCACUUCUCCCUCUUCAUGCGCAAGUUGUUCAUCAAGGCACUCGGCUACAGCGAAGAUGCGCUUUCGCGGCCCAUUGUUGGCAUCGUCAACACCUACUCGGGCUUCAACCCGUGCCAUGCCAAUAUUCCGCAGCUUAUUGACGCUGUGAAACGCGGCGUGCAACUGAACGGAGGGCUGGCCAUUGAUUUCCCAACCAUCAGCCUGCACGAGUCGUUUGCGGCGCCGACGAGCAUGUACCUUCGGAACUUGAUGAGCAUGGACACGGAGGAGAUGAUCCAGGCUCAGCCGGUUGACUCGGUGGUUCUUAUCGGAGGCUGUGACAAGACGACGCCGGCGCAGCUCAUGGGCGGCAUCUCUGCCAACAAGCCCAUGAUCCACCUGGUAACCGGACCCAUGAUGCCCGGUAGUUUCCAAGGCGUGCGAGUCGGUGCAUGCACCGAUUGCAGGAGUAACUGGGCCCGAUUCCGCGCCGGGACGCUUGACGUGGAAGACAUAGCGACUCUUAACGACGAGCUUGCCCCAACUGGCGGCACCUGCGGCGUAAUGGGCACAGCCAGCACCAUGGCCUGUCUGCUCUCCGCCCUAGGCGUGAUGCCGAUCCAGGGCGCCACCGCGCCCGCCGUAUCCUCCGCCCGCUUGCGCAUCGCCGAGUCAACCGGCGCUCUUGCAGUCCAACUCGCCAAACAAGGCCUCAAACCACAAACUCUGCUCACGCGGGAAUCCUUCCUCAACGCCAUCACCGUCCUGCAAGCCAUCGGUGGCUCCACCAACGCCAUCAUCCACCUCAUGGCCAUCGUCAACCGCCACCCAUCGCUAGCCGGCACCAUCACCCCGGCCACUGUCGACACCAUUGGCCGUCACACCCCUCUUUUAGUUGACCUCAAGCCCAGCGGGGAGAAUUACAUGACCGAUUUCCAUAACUCAGGCGGCAUGCCCGCCCUUUUGCAUCAUCUUAAACCGCUGCUUCAUCCCAACGCCAUGACCGUUACGGGGCGUACACUAGGAGACGAACUCGCGACUAUCCCCUUCCGCCCUGUCUCUCUCCCUCUCCCUCCCAACAACAGCCCCGCCAAUUUGAAUUCGAAUUCGAAUGUGAACUGCAUCCGCCCGCUAACCCACCCCCUCUACCCCUCCUCCUCCCUGAUAAUCUUCCAACAAGGCAACCUCUCCGGCCCACCCGGCGGGUCCGCUAUACUCAAAGCGAGCGCCUCCAAAGACACCCGCCUGCUCUCCCACCGCGGCCGGGCAGUCGUCUUCAACUCCUCGGCUGACCUUGCCGCAAGAAUCGACGACCCCAGCUUAGACGUCGAUAAGGACAGUGUGUUAGUGUUAAGAGGGAUCGGGCCGGUGGGCAAUCCGGGGAUGCCCGAGGCCGGGCUGAUUCCCAUCCCAAAAAAGCUUGCGGUUAAGGGGGUGGUGGAUAUGUUGCGGAUUUCGGAUGGAAGGAUGAGUGGGACUGCCGGGGGCACGAUUGUGCUGCAUGUGAGCCCUGAGGGGGCGGAUCCGGAGUCGGUUCUUGGGGUGGUGAGGGAUGGGGAUUGGAUUGUGUGUGAUGUGGAAAGGAGGUGGUUGGGGGUGGAGGUGGGAGAGGAGGAGGUGAGGGCGAGGGUGGAGGAGAGGAAAAGGGAGAUGGAAAGGAGGAGGGGUGAGCCGUGGAUGGAGAGGGAGAGGGUUAGGGGGUAUCGAGGGUUGUAUAUGCGGGAGGUUAAUCAGGCUGAGGAGGGGGUUGAUUUUCGGUUUCUAACGGCUGCUGGGCCCGGCAGGUCGUCUGCUCGAGUUGAAGGGGGUGUUUCAGGGGGAGAGUAGCAGAGGAAAUGAUCACCUCGAUGAGUAGGAUCUGUAAUACAGGCGUCCUUGUCCGAGUUGGCAUUAGGAGUAGCAAGAGCCCAGGAUCGCCGGCCGUCUCUUUCUUUCCCCGAUCGAUGAGUACCUUCCUUAGGUAUGUAAGAUAAGUAGCAGAGGUGAGUGGCCAUGGGUUUCCU